CUGCCAUCAGCUCCUGUUUCCAGCUCUCCCCUAUGCCCUCAGGGAUGUUGCGAGCUGCACGUUUCUGUAAGGCUGCUUCUUUAUUCCUCUGAAUACGAUCCAAUUGUUCUGGGCUGAGGGGAGGGGACACUAUUUCUGGGCAGUUUUCAUCACCACCACCAGUGCAUUUCUUCUUUUUAACAGGAGUGGUCUGGGGAUCAUAGGUCAUAGAGUACUUGCUAGCAAUAUAAACUUUACACAUACGUUUAACAACCUGCAUAGCAGUGACCCGCACAUCCCGUAUUGCACAUAGGACUGACAUCGGUCAAUUCCCACUUUAGAGCUUGAUUUGCUUUAGAUUUUCUGCUAAACCACACUGAUUUACAGAACAAUAGAGCACGACUGGUCACUGUGCCGGGAAAGCUGCAGUAAGUGCAUAGUGUUAUGAAUGAGCCCCAUGUGAGCACCUCCUCAAAUGUGAUAGAACACCUGCACUACACAGGACAUUUCCUGGUCACAUGACAUGCCACGCUGCUUUCCCGCGCCAAAACAGACCUGGAAUGCUAGUCCUCGCUCGCUUAUUGGCUGCUCACGGACAAACUCCGCCCCUAUGUCAUGUGGCCCACCAUGCCCCAACAUUGAGUUUGUGUGAUGCUUCCUGCACGUGUUGUAUAAUAACAUGGCUGCAAUAUGAUAGUACAUAGGAUGACCGCGGGUGACAGUAUCGCCUGGACACCAGUACUCCGGUAAUUAUUAAAUACUUGCUUCAAGCUCUAACUCCCCCUUCCCUCAUUAGAUAGUCUGACUGGCCCUGCCCACUGCAGCCUAUAGGGUGGGUUUAACUCAUUCAUUGGCACAACCCCUUACAUAGAAAAGGGUUAAUCCUGUGCGCUACACAACGAGCACGCUUAAUACUCAAAGAAGCUAUGGGAAGAUUAAAACUCCCACUGCUGUGUAUGAGGGGACCUUCUCACCACAGUGCCAGUGGUUGUGGUGGCUGAUUGGUGCUGUAAGAGCCACCAGGGGGUUCCUGGACACAUUACUUAAAAAAAAUUCCAUGUUUAAUGUGCUGCAUGUUCCCUCAACAAUUGGUGACUUGAAUUCCCUGCUGUAGAACUAGAACUGGUUACUAAUUCUGCCAAACCACACUUAUUCUUUUAUAUCUGUCCCCAACUGUUCUGCGCUAGUCUCGGUUAUCCAUCAGCAAUCCUGUAGUUAUAGGCUCCAUUCCCAUGGUGCUCAGCCAGCCGUUCGUGCUAAGGUUUACUGAGAAUGUGGAGCACUCUACACAUUCUUUAUAAUCAUUGCCUGUAUUAUUAAACAUUCCAAAAACAUACAUUGCGCUUAUUUACUAAAUUAACGUUAAUUUGCCUCCAUAUACAUGGCUGCUCAUUAAUUAUCUCACCUCUCCGGGGCACCCUUCCUUGACAUCCCAUGCCUCUGAAGACGAUCUCUUCUUGGACACGGGUCCGAAAAAGUUAUUAAUAGUCUUCUGUCCGAUCAUACUGGGAGCCUUGGCCACAGCUGGCUGUCUGGAGCAAUCUCUGGCUAGCUUAGAAUUUGGCGCCAAAUAUUGGGAGAGCGCGUACCGGGUGCUAAACGUUUAAAGGGAAGUGCUUGUAUAGGCAAAUCGCAAGUUUCAUUCCAGUGUGCCUGAAUUUCUGUUUUACCUGCCAUGAAAUAAAAUCUAUUUCAAGAACAAAAGCCACCAAAAAUAACAUUAAAAUCUACAGCUUACCGAGAUUUCAAUACUUUUAGAAAAACUGGCAGAAUUGCUUAGAUUUUAUUUAUUUUUUUUAUCAUCCCAAUUACUUGAAGCCUACAUUUUGUAAGCUGGUAACAGAACUCCUGAUAAUUAUGCUAUUCAGUGAAAGCACACAAUCACACAAAAACAGAUGUACGAGACAUAAUGUCAUAGGCAUGUGCAGCCAAUUCUAUAAGGGUGUGCACCCUAAAGCAGAAACACGCCGUGUGUGUGUGUGUGUGUAUGUAUGUAUAUGUAUGUAUAUAUAUAUAUAUAUAUAUAUAUAUAUAUAUAUAUAUAUAUAUAUAUAUAUAUAUAAAAAAUGAAUAGGCAAGGCACUCCUCCUAAAAAUUUUCUUGUAGAGAGUCAAAUGCCUAGGUGCAAUCCCGCGUCUCAAUAUACAUAAAUCAAUAAAGGGAGCACACCAGGACUUAAAUAUGGUGCAAAAAGUAUUUACUGUAUCCAAAACAUGAUACAGAUUCUGUGUAGAAGAAAUCAACGUUGUGUAUAUAUACACACACACAAGGUGCUGUGUGUAUGUGUAAGGGUGCUAUUAGUGUGUGUGUGUGUGUGUGUGUAAGGGUGUUGUUGUUAGUGUGUGGGUGAGGGUGCUAUUAUUGUUGUAUAUGUGUGAGGGUGCUGUGUGUAUAAGGGUGUUGUUAGUGUGAGGGUGCUGUUAGUGUGUGUGUGUGAGGGUGCUGUUAGUGUGUGUGUGUGUGAGGGUGCUGUUAGUGUGUGUAAGGGUGUUGUUAGUGUGAGGGUGCUGUUAGUGUGUGCUGUGUGUGUAAGGGUGCUGUUAGUGUGUGCUGUGUGUGUAAGGGUGUUGUUAGUGUGAGGGUGCUGUUAGGGUGUGUGUGUAAGGGUGUUGUUAGUGUGUGCUGUGUCUGUGUGAGGGUGCUGUUAGUGUGUGUGUGUGUGGGUGUGUAAGGGUGAUGUAUGUGUGUGUGCUGUAUGUUUGUGUGUAAUGUGUGGGGGCCGUUUAGUUAAUAUCCCCCCUCCCUUCUUACCUUAUGUAGGGAGGGGGGACCGUGCUCCUGCCUUCCCUGGUGGUCCAGUGGAGAGUGAACUCUAGCCCCCUGUGGGGCAAGAGUUCACUCUCGCGAGAUCUGAGCGUAACCGCGGCAACGCUCCGACCGCGUGCGAGGAACCCUGCGGAGCUGCUGGCAAGAGCUCCCCGGGUCCUCUCCUGCCUCCCUCCCUACCUGUGGGUCGGUGAGGGAGAUCUUUGAUCUUUGAUCUCCCUCACCGGCCCACGGAGGGAGGCACAUAGCGCGUGCCACGGGGAUUAGGCUGUGCCUAGGCACCCCCGUGCGCACGCCUAUGCAUAAUGUACAUGUAAGGAUUUUUUAUGAGGGCAAAGAACCAACUACCAGUAAGGGUUGCUAAAGCUGGAUCCUCCUAAUUACAUAGUUACAUAGCUGAAAAGAAAAUUGCGUCCAUCAAGUUCAGCCUUCCUCACAUUUGUUUUUUGCUGUUGAUCCAAAAGAAGGCAAAAAACCCAGUUUGAAGCACAAUUUUGCAACAAGCUAGGAAAAAAAUUCCUUCUUGACCCCAGAAUGGCAGUCAGAUUUAUCCUUGGAUCAAGCAGUUAUUACCCUGGCUACUGAAAGAUUAUAUCCUUUUGAAUAUUCUGUUUUGCAAGUAUGCAUCUAGUAGCCAGUUUCGAACAUCUGUAUGGACUCUGAUAAAACCACUUCUUCUGUGGAUGAGAAUUCCAAAUCCUUUGUUGUUCUUACACAGUAAAAAACUUUCCUUGCCUUAGAUCUAAAUCUUCUUCCAGUCUAAACGCGAUGACCUCGCAGGUCCUAUGUAAAGUCCGGGUUUGUGCGAAUGGACCUGCCCGUCCGCGCCCAACCCCACACGCCAAAUGCCACGCCGUUCUGUGCUCCAAAUUUGUUAACCUUCUUCAUAUCUGAUAUGUUCCAUUCUUUUAUUAAUUUUAGAAAUUCGGCCUGCACUUCUAGUGCCAUAAUAUCCUUCUUUAGAACAGGUGCCCAAAAUUGCACAGCAUAUUCAAUAUGGGGUCUUACCAGUGAUUUAUAAAGAGGCAAAAUUAUAUUCUCGUCCCGAGAAUGAAUGCCCUUUUUCAUGCAUGACAAUACCUUACUGGCCUUGGCCACUGCUGAUUGACAUUGCACAUUUUUGCAUAGUUUGUUGUCUAUAACAAUUCCCAAGUCUUUUUCAUGUGUUGUUAUCCCUAAUUCGCUUCCAUUAUGGGUAUACGUUGCUUGUGUAUUCUUUACGUCGAAGUGCAUAACUUUGCAUUUUUCAACAUUAAAUUUCAUCUGCCAUUUGAGUGUCCAGUCCCCCAGUCUAUCUAAAUCCCUCUGCAGCAAAGUAAUAUCUUCCUCACAUUGUAUUAUUUUACAUAGUUUUGUGUCACCUGCAAACACUGAAACAUGGCUUUCAAUGCUGUCUUCAAGAUCAUUUAUAAACAUGUUAAAUAGAAGGGGUCCCAGAACAGACCCCUGGGGGACACCACUUGCCACCUCUGUCCAGUUUGAAAAUUUACCAUUAAUGACAACUCUUUGUACUCUGGUUUUUAAGCCAAUGUUCUACCCAAGAACAAGCAUUUUCAUCUAGACCGAUUUCCUUGAGUUUGAACACUAAUCUAUUAUGUGGAACUGUAUCAAAUGCCUUGGCAAAAUCCAAAUAGAUCACAUCCACUGCAACACCCUGAUCUAUACUUCUACUUACUUCUUCAUAGAACGCAAUCAAGUUAGUUUGACAUGACCUGUGCUUCAUAAAACCGUGCUGAUUUUUUGCUGAUAACCAUGUUCUUCUCAAGGAAUUCUUGAAUAUUAUCCCUUAAUAACCUUUCAAAUAUUUUCCCAGCCACAGAAGUUAAGCUCACAGGUCUAUAAUUUCCAGGCAAGGAUUUUGAACCCUUUUUGAAUAUAGGAACCACAUCUGCCUUCCUUCAAUCCUCCGGAACACUUCCUGAAAGAAAAGAAUUUUGAAAGAUUAAAAACAGAGGUUCACUUAUUUCUGCACUUAGUUCCUUAAGUACACAUGGAUGGAUACCGUCAGGCCCUGGAGCUUUGUUUAUAUUAACUUUUCUUUAGUUGCUGCAGCACCUUGUCUUGAGUUAACCAAUUACAAUUAUUCUGCAAGUUUUUAGUAGCAAUCAUUUGCACAUCUAUUGCCAUGGGUUCUUCCUUAAUAUAUACGGAGGAGAAAGAGUUAUUUAAAAUUCCUGCCUUUUCCUGGUCUUCAUUAACUAACACCCCCGUUUCAGUUUUUAGUGUACCUACACUUCCCUUUUGAGGUUUUUUUUAGAAUUUAUGUACUUAAAAAAAUGCUUUGGGGUUGCUUUUGCUCUCUUUACCUAUCAUUUUUUCAUUUUGAAGUUUAGCAAAUCUAAUUGCCUUUUUGCAUGCAUUAUUUGCUUCCUUAUAUCUUUUAUAAGAUGCAUCUGAUUUGUCCGAUUUAAAUGCCCUUUUCUUAUUUUUAAUCUCUUGUUUUACUUCUCUACUAAGCCACAUUGGUUUUAAUUUGUUUCUUCUGUAUUUAUUUCCCAAUGGUACAUACUGAGAAAUGUACCUUUCUAAUAUUUGUUGGAAGAUAAUCCAUUUAUCCUCAGUGUUCUUUUCACUAAAGAGUUUAUGCCAGUCAAUAUAUUAUAAAGCUGCCCUUAACUUAUUAAAAUCAGCCUUUUAAAAAUGAUAUGUUUUAGUAUACCCCAUGUGCUUUUGUUUUUUUGAGUUUAUUUCAAAGGACACUAUAUUGUGCUCACCUACUUGAAUGUUGGUCAAAAGAUCAACGUUGUUUGUUAAAACCAGGUCCAGAUAAGCGUCCAUUCUAGUUGGUGCUUGUACAAGUUGUGACAUGAAAGUGUCAUUUAACAAGUUUAAAAACCUAAUUCUCUUUGCUGAGCUACUAGUCCCUCUAUCCCAAUUUAUGUCCGUGUAAUUAAAAUCUCCAAUAAUUAAAGUGUUACCCAGAUUUGCAGCUUUCUCAAUUUGCUCAAACAGCUGUUGUUCCUCGUCAAUAUUAACAUUAGGUGGUUUAUAACAUAUCCCAACCAAUAGUUGGUUUCCCUUCUUUUUCCCCAAGCAGAUAUUUACCCAUAAAGCUUCCACAUUUUCCUCAUCGCAUUCCACUUGCUUAAGAUUUGGCUUUAAAUCAUGGUUGACAUACAAACAUACCCCACCACCCUUGUUUUUCCUAUCCUUCCUAAAUAACAUGUACCCAUUUAAGUUAACUGCCCAGUCAUGUGUCUCAUUCCACCAUGUUUCAGUUAUGCCUAUUAUAUCAUAUUGUUUAGUGUAUUCUACUUCCUCUAGUUUCCCCAUUUUGUUAUUCAGGCUCCUUGAAUUAGUAAGUAUACGUUUAAUAUCAUGAGUCACUUGUACUUUUUGUGAAUUAUCAACAUUGCAUAGCUUCUCUAUUCUGAGCUUGCCCCUCCCCCUGUCUCCACCCCCUUAUACUGUGCUAAAGCCCAUCUCCUUUCUGUCCUAUCUCCAUUUUGUAGAUUGCUAUGACCCUCCCACCCUACUAGUUUAAAAUCUCCUCCAACCUUAUAGCCAUCCUAUCCCCCAGCACUGCAGACACUCUCCUGUUUAGGUGCAAUCCAUCACUACUAUAAAGGUUGUACCCAAUCGCAAAGUCGGCCCAGUGCUCUAAAACCCCCAAACCCUCUUUCCUGCACCAAGACUUAAGCCACGCAUUGACCUCUCUAAUUUCCCGCUGCCUUUCCACUGUAGCACGUGGUAAUAUCUUAGAGAAUACCACCUUGGAGGUCCUUUUCUUAAGUUUGCUAUCUAAUUCCCUGAAAUCAUUCUUUAGGACCUUCCAUCUUCCUCUUACUUUGUCCUUGGUACCAACAUGGACCAUGACUGCUGGGUCAUCCCCAGCCCCUCCCAAUAAUCCAUCCACUCAGCAACAUGCCGGACCCGAACACCCGGGAGACAGCAAACUAUCCGUUUGAGCCGAUCAGAGUGGCAGAUUUCCCUAUCUACUCUCCUAAUGAUAGAGUUCCCUACCACCACAAUCUGUCUUGGCUUCCUUACAUUUUGAUCCCCACCCGUAGUAGGGGGGCUGUUACCUCGGCUGUUAGAAGUAACAGCUUCCUCUAAUACAGCUACUCCUGAGCUGAUGCUCCCAACAUCUUCACUCAAACGGGCAAAUCUGCUAGGUUGCACCAAAUCAGGACUAGCUCGCCCUUUCCUCUUUCCCCCCCCCCCACCCCUGCUUCCUCGCCCCACUGUCACCCAGCUACAUGCCUGUUCCCCAUCUGUCUUAUCUCCUCCCUCUCCACUACCUGUCCCCACUAAGUGAGCAGCAGACUCCUCUCAAGAUUGUCAAUCUCCCUCAAAGUUGCGAUUUGCUUCUCGAGAUCUCCAAUCUGAGCUUCCAGAGAAGCCACUCGCACACAACCGUCACAGAGGUAUGGACCCUGGACGGGUACAUCCAGUCAUCCAUACAUGCAACAAGAUGUGCAUUGAGUCAAACCAGCAAUCUUGCUAACACUCAUUUCCCCAGAUACAGAACAAUAAAACAAUUACCUUGAUAGUUUAAACCCCUUGCUUGUUUCAACUCCUGGUUUUCUAACUCCUACUUGAAAGAGUCUACUUAAUAGAGUCUGCUUUCAAGUAAUGUGAGCAAGCUCUGUGAGUUAGGGAUGUGCCUUUAUGGGGAUACAAAUCCCACACAGGUGCAAUUAAUGAACACUCCCCCAAUCAAUCAAGCAGCAGCACAAAAGAGGGAGAAAAACUAGAACACAGAAAAAAAAUUAAAAUAAUUAAAAACAAAACGUUUUUUUUUUAAUGACAAUAUUAACGAGCUAAAUUUAUUGGCAUACAUUACAUGAGGACCACAGAAGGUAUUUGCCUUGUGGGGGACGGUGUCAUUAAUUUGAAGGGUUAUUCCAAAGCCAAAAAAGCAAAGUUCUCCAAGCAGCCAGAUCCCUUUUUGCCAAAGCCAGACCCUCUUGCUUGAGGGGAAUGGAUGUCGGGGAGGAUGUGGGCAGCAUGGAGGGGAGCUGUACCAUCAUGGGCGGUCUGUCACCAGCAUGCUGUGCUUCAUGAUCAUGACAAAUGCUAAACAUGCACAAAACUGACAUUGAAGAGAAAAUGAUAACUAUUUGCUCUGAAACACACAGAAAUCCUUUUGUAAAAGUGUUCCCUUGGGACAUUUGGCAAGUACUAAAGAUACAAAGAAAACGUGUGUAGAUCACCAAAGGUGAAAAAUAAAAUGGUACAACCUGAAUAAUAAUCGUGGAGAAAAAAAGAGAAUAUAGUGCAAUACAAUCAGCAAAAGGGGGAAGGUUGGGGGUGGUAGAGAACUCACUGGAUGUUUAAAAUUCAUGGCAUGAAAAUUCAGGCAUGUCUUCCUCAAUCAUGGGGUACAUCCGUUGGUGGAAAAGAUCUUCCAAAGAAACAGACUUCUUCAUACAGGUAUAUCUUCUUAAAUAGCGCAAAAUGAGAAAGUGAAAAGAAAGGAUAGUGCAAGUUGUAUAAAAGUAACAAAUUUAUAGAUACAAAUUGCACUUACAGAAUGUCAAAUGACAGGGAGCAUGUUUCGACACAAAUGGUGGUAUCCAGGUCUCCAACAAAUUGCAGGAAGAAAUCCCAGGAUCACAGAUGCAAUAAAAACAAACAGAAAUACAAAUAAAAACAACAUAAAAUAAUGACAUUAUUUUAUAUUUUUUUAUUUUUAUUUCUGUUUUUUUUUUUGCAAUUUGUUGGAGACCUGGAUACCACCUUUUGUGUUGAAACAUGCUACAUCUCUGUUAGGAAAGUUCAGUGUCUCCAUUACGGGACUUAGUCUGUGCGGCUGCAAACUCAGUGGAGGAGAAGGUAAGGGUCAGCGGUGUUCAUUGAAAUGUGUAGCUGAUUUUAGUUCCAUAGAUUUGGCUGCACACACCACUGACCGCGUUGGGAAAAUAAAGAUGGCUGCCGCCACGUGUUCGUUUGUAUGAACGGCGGCCACCCAGCGGUCGGCAAUUUACCUACAGCAGGCUCCCAGCCUGAGAGGUAAAUUGCGGCACGCUUCCACUUCUGGGUGGUCCGCCUGUAUAAUACUUGGUUCAGUAAGCCCCAUUUACUGAACCAAGUGGGAGAAAGCCAGGAAUACAGUAUAUUAAAGGUUUGGGGACACCGUCUUAAAGGGGCAUUGUCCCCAACAAGUCUGGGGACACCGUCUUAAAGGGGCAUUGUCCCAAACAAGUCUGGGGACACCGUCUUAAAGGGGCAUUGUCCCAAAAAGUCUCAAUAUGCCCACAUACAGUUCUUAAAGCGCCAUACACAGUCCAAUAAAAGUCCAUACGCUCUGCUUAAAGGGCCAGUGUCCAACUACUGUAUUUAAAGGGCCAAACCUCCCAGGCACCAUAAUCACAUGGCAAGAGGCUGGCAAGUAGUCCUAUCCAGGCACAAGUGGCGAUGUUAAUUUCGCCACAAUUGCAAAAAGCCUGAAGGGAAUGAUUGUACCCACCAGAACAGAUACAAUAAGCUGUACUUGUUCUGGUGACUAUAGUGUCCCUUUAAGAGAAGUUAAACCUUGGAUUAAGGUAAAGUGUUUUUUUUUUUUUUUUUUUUAAAGUUUAGGCUUUGAGUGCUUUAAUGUGGGACUAUGGAAAAAGUUUGUUUAGGUUUCAUGAGGUGUUAAAAUUUAGGGUUAGGAAAAAUUAGUGUUUAUGGUACAUGCAUUUAGAGUUUAAGGGUUAUUUGCAAAGUAUUCACCAUCCUAUGAUUAAUAGUAGAAGUGCAGGAGCUUUACUAUAGUGUACAUCACUCAGUGGUGUCCCUUUCUACUCUUGCAAGACAUUUCCUGUGUGAAAGGCUGUUAUGAAGCAAUUGGUAAGGGAUCCCUUCGUCUUACUGUUCAAACUCCUACACAGACACUGGGACAGCACUACGUUUUGCACCCUAUAGAACUGUUCCUGUAGCUCUGCUAUCAAGCUCUCUGGUUAGAUUAAAGAGGACAUUGGCCAAAGCUCCUGGUACUCCCCUCACCAACCCACCUAAGUUCCUACAAGGCACUAAAUUAUAUGUGCUGUGAAUAGGCACCUAUACAGGACGGGUGACUACUCUGCCGAAUGGAAAUUUGGCCCUGGCUCCUCACAAAUUACUGGCAGCUCAGCCUGCCCUGAAUGCAUGCCAAUCUGACUGUCAACAAUCCAGGCCAGCCCACAGAGGACAGGACAGGUCGAGAGCACUGUUUCACUGCUCUCUGCAGCGUCCUGGUGCUACACCAGGGAACAAGUUGGGUAAAGAUGCUAAAAUCGUGACUGUUAAAAUCGAGGUGGUUGGGAGGCAUGCCAUUUUGUUAUAUACCAUUAGAAAUACAGAUGAUAAAAUUAUUGCAAAAUGCACUAUUUCCAGUUUGUUAGGUUUAUCGCUCAUUUGGAAAACAACUUAAGUUAAAGGUGUUUAUUGUGUGUACAUAGAUUUGCAGAAUAACAAUGGGAUUAUGGUCUUUUUCUUUUUUUCUAAACCACUUUGUUUCUAAUGUACAUAUGCCUACUAUUUAACUACAACACUUACUUUACUCCAUUUACUGUCAUGUAAUAUAAAAAAUAAAUAAAAGUUUCUCCCCUCUCACCCCUUUCCUUAGGACCAAAGACAACCCUCCAGGUUUGAGGGCCUUAGCAUCAAACACCGGUUUACAGAAGCUCAGAGACUUAUACAAUGGUGAGUUGGUGGUGUCUUCUGAGAGGCUGAAGAAGAGGGCUUAGUUUUGUUAUGGUGUUGUGUGUGUAGUUGCUGUAAACUACACCGCUUACAGGGGGAACUUCCUUUUGUACACCCUGUAUAACUUUCUAUUGAUAUCACAUUGAGUAAGGUAUAUACCAUAAAUACUUGAGUAUAAGUCGUAAAGCACUACGGAAUCUCUUGGUAAUCAAUAUCUAUAAAACAUCAGGGGACAAGUCCUAGGGAAAAAAGUGUGGGAACUCACCCAAGAUCCACCUCCCCACCCCCCAAAAUAAAAUUAUACACUUGUAUGCAUAUAUAAACGCGUGCACACCCACACACUCAGACACUCACAGACAUACUCAGACACUCACACAUACACAGACGCACACACAUACUCAGACACUCACACAUACUCAGACACACACACACACACAUUCACUCACAGAAACACACAAGUUAUUCAUAUAUUUUUUUUAAAAUUUACAAAUGUCCACCCAGCCUUCCAACCUGGAGAGCUGGCAUGGACCUAUCCCUGGGCUCCAGUUUGGCUUCAGUGAGUCGGGUGGAUGUCUAUCUGUCAGACACGGUGAGGGAGCUGUGUUCUUUCUGAUCUGCUCCCUCGCGCCGAUGCGGGCUGUCUACUGAUGCCGAGAGCCGGACUAUGACGGCAUCAGCAAAUGGCGUGCGGGGGAGCAUAUCAGAGAGAACACACCACCUUCACCUCCUGGCCCCCUCCCCCCAUGACUGGGAGAACACGGGGCAUUUGGGGGCGGCAUUUUUUGCCGGCCCCUGGUUAGUGCCCGCAGGAGCAACGGAACGGCAUUCCUGCUGUGAACAAAAUGCGGGAACACCGUUCCUGCAGGACUCGAGCCCUGUAAAACACUCUGUAUAUGAUUAUUAAAGAGGGGCACAUAAUUUCCCAUCUCUCUUCCUCUACCUCAAAACCCUUCCUUGCUCUCCUUUAUAUUUCCUUUCUAGCAUGUUCUUCCCUGCUUCACCCAUUCUACUUUUCCUCCUUUGCAUGUUGAUUUUUAUCUUUUCUCCUGGGUUUUAUGGUUUAUUACUCUGAUAAAAAACAUCAAAGGAUGUGCAUGCAUGUUUCGUUGACUGACUGUGUGGCUCAGGACUCUUGUGUUUUAUAGCUUUUGUAUUGAAUAUAAUAUUCUUCUCUAAUGUCCUGAUUCAUUCUUUUUGUGAAUGCCCACUGUUGCCCUAAUAAAAAAAUAUGAAAAAGUACACGUUUUGGCAUUAUCAGUGUUAUUCACUAUAGUGUUUUGUUUUUCCCUUACAGACAAUGGACAGAUUUUUAAUUAAAAACUCAAGUACUAGAAAACAUCCGCUUCUUGUAGAAUGUACAGAUACUGUAACAUUACCAGAGAAAGCUAAAUUAAGGAAGAAUGAAGAUGACAGUUUGCUGGCGGAGCAUUUAACAUGGAAGGAAAUUCGAGCAGAGGGUCUGAGCUGUGAUUAUACACUGCUAUACAGCAAGACUGAAGCAGAUGUGAUCUUCCAACAACUAGAAAGGGAAAUCACAUAUUUUCCAGGUAUGCUUUCACCUUAAAGGGACACUAUAGGUAUCAAAACAACUUUAGCUUAAUGAAGCAGUUUGGGUGUAUAUCAUGUCCCUGCAGUCUCACUGCUGAAUUAUCUGCCAUUGUCUUGGCAGUUUAGAAAUUUAAAGUCUCUAACUCACAAACAGUUUGAUAAAUGAACCAAUUGUAGGAGACUAGUUCAAUGAUCUAUGUCAACAGGAUGUUGUAACACAGAAUAGUGUCUAUUCCCUAAGUGUGAAGCAAUGGCUCUACUUUGGAUGGUUCUAGUUUUAUCAAGAAGCUUCCAUUAGUUUUCUUAACUAAGCCCAUUGGCGAAGGACCAGCACUUUAGCUAAGAGUGUCAGCUCAUCACUCUCAGCUGUUGAGCUAAGCUUUGCACCACUGGGCUUAGCUCAGAGAGAGACAUUGUCUGGCACUAUGUAUUUUGUAGGGGAGAUGAAGAGCGGCACUGUGGACACAAAGUAAGAAAUAAAACCUUUCUAAAAUGUUUUCACUACUGACAUUGGUGAAGGUAGUGGGGGUGGGGGGGGCGGUAGGGAGGACACUUAUGGCACCACUACAGCACACUCUAUUGGUUAUGGUGCUUUGAGUGUUCCUUUAAUUACUUCAUAUCCCUCCAGAUGAUGAAAGGUGGGUUAUCUACCACACUAUAGAUGGAGCUUCUUUGUUCUUUUUUUCUAUUUCUCUGAAACAAAUAUGCCAGUAAUGUUCCUCUUUUUUUUAUUUUAGAGGAUUUGAGUAGAGUCCAGGUAUAUGGAAAAUGGCACAAUGUUCCUCGAAAGCAGGUAACUUAUGGAGAUGAUGGAUUAAGCUAUAAGUUUUCGGGUAUCACCUUGUCCCCUAAACCGUGGAUUCCUCUACUUAAUUCAAUCAGAGACAGAGUGGAGCUUGCUACUGGACACACCUUUAACUUUGUUCUCAUUAACAGGUAGUUUUAUUUGCUUUAAAUAAUACCUCCCAAUAUUGUGCAUAUGAAAGUGGAUGAGGCGAGAUACUGCCCAAAAGGAGCGUGUGGAGGUGUCAUCCUGGUAUGUUGGUGUCACUGGAGCCUAGCACCCUUUUGUUGGUUUUGAAUAGUGUAUGUGGGACUCUUUGAGGGAGUAGCACUUUAAGUGGCAGCAUAUACUGGUGUUAUUAGUCGAUUUUUUUUUUUGAUUUUUUUUUUUUUUUGAUUUUUUUUUUUUAAUGUGGCUCCAAAAUCAGAGCUUUUUUGCCAAAUCAAGGACAGUUCAGGUGGUGUUUCAAAACGUUUGUUCCCUUUGCAAGUCUUACCAUUUUGGGUGCAAAAAAAGAGUAUCUAAUGCACACUGAGUGUCUCUUUGAACUAUUCUGUCCUGUCAGGAUCAUUUUAAUACUAUCCUUGUGGUUACACAGGAUUUUCUAAGCUUGGUAACUCCCACUGUAUGACAAUCCAAUUCACCAGCUACAUACUGUUUCACAGAUGUACAGCAAAAAAGUAUUCUAAUGUUUUUAAACAGAUUCAGCAUCAAUUUAUAAAAAACAUUAAAAUAGCGCUUUAAAGUGUUUCAGUCAAUACAUAUAUUAAAAGUGCUCAAUACUAACAAAGGUGUUUAAACCUAUUAGUAAUGAACAUUUUUGAUACAUGCAUUGUCUGAAACACUUUUAACACUUUGAAAUGGAGGUGAGACUUUAAAGCGCUACAAUAUUUAAAUUUUUUAUAUAUUGGGAAGCUUAUUGAAUUUGAUUUUAUCUACAUUUAGCACUACUAGGAAUCUAAACACCAUGAUAUACCUAUUCAUUUUUUUUAUUAUUCAUCAUCAUUUGCCUAAACUUUACUUUGUGUUUUAUUGAUAUUUAAAGAAGUAGUAUUUAAUUAUCUUGCAAGGUACAAGGAUGGAAAUGACCACAUUGGUGAACACAGAGAUGAUGAAAAAGAUCUUGUCCCACACAGUCCUAUCGCUUCAGUAUCUUUUGGAGCCUGUAGAGAUUUCAUUUUUCGGCAUAGGGAUGCCCGUUGCAAGAAUCCAACACGUCAGAUUGAGUCUCAGAAAUUGGAACUGGCUAACGGCAGCUUACUUAUGAUGAACUUUCCCACAAAUGUCUAUUGGUAUCAUAGCCUUCCAGUGAGAAAGAAAGUGCUAGCCCCCAGAGUCAACUUAACCUUCCGAAAGAUUAUCCCAAAUUGUGAAAGAAAAAAUACUCCUUGAAACAUUAUCCACAAUUGUAAUGAUGUUUGAUAAAGUAAAUGUUGAGUGACAGUUUGGAACCCAAAACAUUUAGACUUGUGAAUUGUAGCCAACCUUAAAAUUUAUGUUUUUCUAUGUGUAUUCAAUUAAAACCAAUAUACAUGUGUAAUUUAUUUUUAUUUUAUUAAAAAUAGAUUUAGAUGUUUCUGUGCUGUCCAGAAUUGAGAGAACUUAAAUAUGUAAAUGCUUAACCUGCUCCAAACCCCUACAUUGCAGAGUUGAUUUAAUUAACAAAACAAGCAUUUAUUUGAAAGUAUGGAUGCAUUGUUAGCACAUAUAUUUAAGAAAAAUAAAAUGUAAUCUAAAAGGUGCAACAAAAAUUAAUACCUGGAGGUGGGUCCUGACUGCCUACUAAGUCACAUGUAGAAGCUGCUCCUCAGAAAACAGACUUUAAGCAUAUACAUUGAGAUUCCUUGCUAUUUUCAUCACAAUACUUGCUCUACUCACCUGAGGAAGCCCCUGCAGACCUUCUGAUCUAAAUAUUUAUCGGCAAUGCCAAGUGCUCCCAACAUUUGUGCAAUUUGAGGCCUGCGAGCAUAUUUGAGGUGGAGGAGAUGGCGGCUCCCCUGCCUCCCAUGCCCUCGAGACUGGUAGGGGUUAUCCCGGGCCCCACUGGCCCCACUGGCGAAAGAAAAAUGAAUAUGGUUCACAUUAACCUCACAGUCCACUGAAUAAUUCAGCCAACUUCGGUAAUUAGAUAAUCGCUCAUAGAUGGAAACACAGUCCCUGUAAAAUGUCCAUUCCAGCAGCCCCAAAAGCCUGCACAUAACGGCAGUUGAUCCGGCUGCUAUCCGCACCAAAAUUAAUUUUUCUUAAGGAUCCAUUUGUAUGUGCUUGUUGGUGCCUUUCAAGGGCCCCCUGAGGUUGUGAGCUAUACAAAAGGAGUUCAUCAUAGACUCUCUGUCCAGGUUUGGGGUAACAGACUUGGAAUGUGUUUGGUUGCUUCUUAGUUGUCGGCUUGCCAUUCGCUUCUUGGAGCUCAGGUAAGACACUAUCGGUGUGCAAGCACAGUUUAACCCAAAAUUGCAGGCAAAGCUGGUCAAAAGCAUGUAUUAGCGGAACUACAGGAGAGGAUGGCACCACAGGCAAAGGCUUUGCAGAAAGCCACAUGGUGGUUGCCAUCUUAAAAGUAAGCUCUUGUGCGACUAGAAGAGCUGGACAACAAGAGUCUCUUUGUGGGAGUCUCUUUUGCUCCCACAAAGAGACUCUUGUUGUCCAGCUCUUCUAGUCGCACAAGAGCUUACUUUUAAGAUGGCAACCACCAUGUGGCUUUCUGCAAAGCCUUUGCCUGUGGUGCCAUCCUCUCCUGUAGUUCCGCUAAUACAUGCUUUUGACCAGCUUUGCCUGCAAUUUUGGGUUAAACUGUGCUUGCACACCGAUAGUGUCUUACCUGAGCUCCAAGAAGCGAAUGGCAAGCCGACAACUAAGAAGCAACCAAACACAUUCCAAGUCUGUUACCCCAAACCUGGACAGAGAGUCUAUGAUGAACUCCUUUUGUAUAGCUCACAACCUCAGGGGGCCCUUGAAAGGCACCAACAAGCACAUACAAAUGGAUCCUUAAGAAAAAUUAAUUUUGGUGCGGAUAGCAGCCGGAUCAACUGCCGUUAUGUGCAGGCUUUUGGGGCUGCUGGAAUGGACAUUUUACAGGGACUGUGUUUCCAUCUAUGAGCGAUUAUCUAAUUACCGAAGUUGGCUGAAUUAUUCAGUGGACUGUGAGUUUAAUGUGAACCAUAUUCAUUUUUCUUUCGCUAAUUACCAAUUGUACUUUGAUUUUCCAUGUUGGUGUAUUUUCCUCACUAGAUAGAUAAGUAUAUUACCUAAAAUAAAUUUUAAAAAAGUAUAAUGGCACGUAUUAAAGCAAGUAG